AUGCCGCUUGUGAUACUCACCGGAUAUCCCUGCUCCGGUCUCACAUACCGUGCAAACCAGCUCGCCUCCCUGAUCGAGAAAGUGCAGGAUGAGAUCUUCGCGUCAUCCGAGUCUACAUCGCCGGUCACAUUAAAGGCGCGGUACAAAGUUCACAUUGUCCCUUCGCAUGACAGGUCGCACCCGCGGACUGUAUAUGACCAUGCACGGACGGAGAAGGAGGCGCGUGGUGUCGCGUAUGCGCGCGCGAAGCGGGCUUUGACAAAGGACAGUAUUGUUCUCCUUGAUGGGAUGAAUUAUAUCAAGGGAUGGAGAUAUCAGCUUUGGUGUGAGACCAAGGCUGCGGGGACAACAUGCUGUGUGGUCCAUGUGGGAACACCAAUCGACCAGUGCGUCGCCAACAAUGACGCUCGAUUGAAGCGACUGGCACAGAAUAGCGAUUCACAGGCAUCCGAGAAAACGUCCGUGUCUGGCGAAGCUCAGUCCAUCGAUGAUGAGGAGCCGUACCCGCCAGACUUGCUCAACAACCUCAUCUUCCGUUACGAAGAACCUAGCACUCACAGCCGCUGGGACAAACCGUUAUUCACCGUUCCGUGGGAAGACAAGGAACCUCCAGCGGCAGAUAUCUUCCAAGCUCUCACAGGGGUGGUCCUGACAUCCGCCGAGGCACCUCUGGAUCCCUCUGUGACCAGUCUCACCGAAUCACUCGCAUCAUCCACGAUUUCUGAAGUCGCCAGCACGACUACCACGGGCAGAGCCUUUGGUCGCGGGCAGUCACUGCGACCCAAGGUUAUCCCUCACCAGGCCACGGUCCAAGCCGUCGCAACGGACUCGGGCGCUCUGUAUGCGAUGGAAAAGCGCACGUCUGCUAUUGUAACAGCCAUCCGCACUUUCACGCAAUCUUCUCCGUCCGCCGAGGCUGCCCUGGCGCAGAGUAAAGAUUACAACGGCAUCACGAUCGACGUGCCUGGUGCAUCUAUUCCGAUUAUUGUCCCGGCACAUAUUGCGACCACUGGUACAACCGACGAGCUCGCCGGCGCAGGUGGUAUUUUGGCCCUGCCGAAGCUUCAAAGACUGCGGAGGCAGUGGAUAACUCUGAACCGACAAUAUAUUGGGCAUGGCCAUGGGGCGGGAAUUGGAGGAUUGUCAGAGGAACAGAUCCCAGAUGCAUUUGUUCGAUUCUUGAACUCGAAUAUAAGUGGCGAGGAUGCGGACGCGUAG